UGUUUAUCAUACAUUGAUAUCCAAUACGUGAAUCCAGAAUGAUCAGCUCUCAGCUAAUCGUCGUCUACUUGCUCUUUCUACUCACCGCCAGCGCGGAGGUUUCCUAUGCUUCAAACGACGAAUUGCCGGUCGUUCGAAAUAUCCGCGAACUAAAUCAAGACGGCGAAACGAUUCCCGGCAUAUCUCACAUUACAGUCGCCGGCGCACUUUCCCAUGGUUUUAAAGAGAUUGAAGUAUGGCUGGAAACGGUUGCUCCCGGCGGUCAUACUCCCGUUCACAGACACGAUUGCGAGGAAAUCUUCGUCGUUGUGAAGGGCAGUGGUACUUUGUAUCUCGCAUCCACUACAGGCUCGGAAUUCCCAGGCAGCCCUAAGGAAUUUCCCUUUUCCACAAACAGUACAUUUCAUGUUCCACAAAAUGAUGCCCAUCAGGUAUGGAACACAAACAGAUUCGAAGACUUGCAGUAUUUUGUUGUCAUCUCCAGGCCACCAAUGAAUUUGUUCGUGUAUGAGGACUGGCUCACGCCGCACUCUGCAGCUGUUCCGGUGUUCCCGGUCAUGUGGGAUGCAAAGCAUUAUAAAUCAAGUUCCAGUGCAAGCAGUGAUGAGCUUUGAUCAUCAGUCGAUGGGAAUCAUUCACAGCUCUACUGUAGCAGAGGUAAAUCAAUCUGAUCUUGUUGUGCUGCUCUGUGUCCAUAUUGUUAUUGUGACUAUCGACAUUCUCUAUUUUUGGGGCUGAAUUUUCGGACAUUAUGGCUGUGGACCGUCGAUACAUAAUGAUAUUUAAUUAACAAUGUGCAGAUAUGAUAUGAUAUGUUAUGGUGGGGGGCGUGGGGCUCGCUGCUAGCACGCUCCUACAUUGUUUAAUUUACA